CCGAAACUAAAAUUACAAAAUAAAAUGGCGACCUACUGUAAAUUCGGUUGUUUCUUGUUAAAAGCACCGUUUUUGUUAUUAAAAUGCUCAAUAUAUAUGAAGUAAAGUUAAGUGAAGUGAAAAUUUACAUGAACUCUCUAUGUAUUUCGUUAUUAUUUGGAAUUAUGUAAGGACAAAGACACAAAUCCUAUGUUUUCUUCAAUGAAUCUGGCAGCUAAUGAGUAUGAUAAUGGGAGACUCGCAUUUGUUAUUGUUUAUAACUAUUAUCUCAUUGUUUCGAUAUACUCUAAAUGCUGAAAGUUAUGGGUGCCCACAAAAAUGUGAUUGCCUGGAGCAAUAUGUGGAUUGUUCUAAAAAGAAUUUCGCUUCUGUGCCAAAAAUUCCUAAGUGGGUGGAACAAUUGGAUCUCAGCUACAAUAGAUUGAGUGAAAAUGUAACUAGAGGAUUCGACAAAUUGUUAGAUAUGAAAGUAUUGAAACUUGAUAAAAACUCACUACAACACGUACCUAACUUUCUUCAGCAUGAUCAAAUACAAGAAAUAAGUUUCAAUAGAAAUAAUAUUACAUCUAUAGACAGAGGUCACUUUCCAGCUAAUUGUUCUCUGAGAAUAUUAAAUUUAAACAGUAAUCAUAUUAAUGUAAUAGAAGAUGGAGCUUUGGACAAUUUGACAAAUCUUGUUAGUUUGAAACUGAACAGAAAUGAAAUAAAAUCCCUUCCUAAUCACCUCUUUAAGUACCAGUCAAAUCUAAAGAUAUUGGAACUCAAUCACAAUAGACUUCAUGUUAUUACUGGGUUGCUUUUCCAAGGAUUAUCAAAUCUAACCACUCUUAAGCUGAAGUUUAAUAAUAUUGACAACAUAAUGGAUGGAGCUUUUUUUGGAUUUAAGUCUGUCAAUCAACUGCAGUUGGAUCACAACAGAAUAAAAAGCAUUUCUAAAGGGUGGAUGUAUGGACUAGAAUCUUUAGUGACAUUAUCUUUAUCAAAUAAUAUAAUAUCUGUUAUUGAUAUUGGCAGUUGGGAGCUGUGUUUGAAUUUAAAAGAAUUGGAUUUGUCACACAACUACUUGCUUGAAAUAGAAGGCCGUACUUUUCAACAUCUGAAUAAUCUACAAAUUCUAAAUUUAAGUAACAAUAAUAUCUCUUCAAUUCUUCAAGAAGCUUUCAGUCACAUGGUUCUCUUACAACGAUUACAUUUAAAUAACAAUAAAAUUUCCUGGACAGUUGAAGAUAUGGCAGGACCAUUUUCUAAAUUACAUAAUUUAAUCACUUUCAGUUUGGCUGCUAAUCACAUAAAAUCUAUAAAUUCAAGGGCAUUUGAAGGACUAGGUAAUUUGGUGGAAUUGGAUUUAAGAUGGAACAAUAUUACAUCAAUUCAACAACAUGCAUUUGAUUCUAUGCCAAAACUCAAGAAGUUCCAUUUAAAUAGCUCAUUGUUAUUAUGUGAUUGUAACAUACUGUGGUUAGUGAAAUGGAUAAGGGAGAAGGUUGAACAGAAAUACAUUACCGCAACUUGUGCCUACCCUACUGAAGAGAGAGGGGUGUCAAUAUCCAAACUUAAAGAGGACAGUUGUGGUGAUUCUCCAAAACCAAGAGUAGUUGAACAUCCCAAAACACAUCUUGCCAUAAGAGGCCAUUCCACCAAUUUAGUAUGUUCUGCAACAUCAAAUCCUUUUAAUACCUUAACAUUUUUAUGGAAAAAGAAUAAUGGUAAUAUUAGUAAUCCUACAGUUUUUGAAAAUAUUACAAUGUCUGUGAAUGGUCAGCCGCGUGCUACAUCAGUGCUUGUGAUACCAAAUGUAACACAUUCAGAUUCUGGUAAAUACCAAUGCAUUGUUAGCAAUAAUUUUGGUACUACAUAUUCUUCGAAAGCAAAAUUGAACAUAGUUACUUUUCCUCGAUUCUUAAAAACACCUACUAACAUUACUGUGAAAACUGGCGAGACUGUGACAUUAAACUGUGCUGCUACAGGUGAUCCAACUCCUGAAAUAUCUUGGAAAAAAGAUGGUGGUAAUGAUUUCCCUGCAGCAAGAGAGAGGCGUAUGAAUGUUAUGCCAACUGACCAUCUAUUUUUUAUAGUAAAUGCAAAAACUUCAGAUAUGGGUGUUUACAGUUGUGCGGCUAAGAAUCCUGCUGGUACCAUAAUAGCUAAUGCCACAUUGUCAGUAUUGCAAGAACCAUCUUUUGUGAGAGUUAUGGAGAACAAAGAAGUGACAAGUGGAGAUUCUGUAGUAUUACAAUGCAUGAUAUCUGGUUCACCAAAACCAGUAUUGAAAUGGUUAAAAGAUGGUUCUCCAAUAACUCCAAAAGAUCGACAUUAUCUGACAGCAGAUGAUCAGCUCUUGAUUAUUAUAGGGGCAGAAUCAAGUGAUGCUGGCCGAUACGAAUGUGAAAUUACUAAUGAGUUGGGAACAAAAAAAGAUAUGACAGAGUUGAGAGUGUUACCCCCAGUUGCUAUUAUGGUGAAUGAGGAAGAUAUGACUGGAAUUAUUAUUAUAACAGUGGUUUGUUGUGCAGUUGGAACUUCUAUAAUUUGGGUGGUUAUAAUAUACCACACAAGAAGACGCACGGCUAGUGCUGUGCGAUCAUUUCCCACCGAAAAUAUAAAAAUGACUCAAGUUGUGCAUAGUGAUAGUGAAUCGCCCCAAAUGUUCUCAGACAAUUUAUCUGAGCAUUCAUCAUGCAAAGAUAGUGGAACAGGGGAUUCAGCUCAACAAACAAGCUUUGAUGGUGUGCCUACAGAUAAGAGUGAUCAAAUGCAUUUUGACCCUGUUUGCCGAAGUUAUUCUCCAGUGCCAGAAGGACAUAAACUUCUUCCUUCCUCAUUUAAACCGUCUACUCAAAUAUGUGUAAAUACAUCUGUAACACCAGCUACUUAUUUUUCUAGUCACAGUGGUAAAAUGUAGGGUUAAUUUAAAAAAAUAUUUCUGAUAGUGAUAUAAAGAUUUUUACUAUGCAUUUUCACUAAGUUACAAUUUUUUCUUCUAAAAACUGUAUAAUGGAGAUUCUAUGAAUAGAUUAUUUAAAAGAUACUAAUAUGUAUUGUACAUUAUUGUAUUUAUAUUUAUUUAGACAUAAAUUACCAGGAUAAGUGAUUUUAUUUAGGUGUGUAUUUAGUGAAAAAGCAUUGUCAUUAGGCAUCUGUAGACCUACUUGUUUGCUUAGUACAAAAUAGAACAAACUUGCCAGUAUUGGUUUGAUGCAAAAGACUGAAUGUCAUUUAAGUGUAUGUAUACUGUAAUUUUCAUAUAUGUAAAAAACACUAUUUAUAAGGGAUGAUUUGUAUGCAAGCAUUUCUUUCAUCUUUAUUCAAUUUGAUCUAUAUGAGUAUAAAAAUGUAGUGUCUGGUACUUUGAGAUUUUGAUGUUUAUAAAACUGUUUUGUAUGUAAUUAGUAUUAUCCACUAAAUAUUUUCACUUUAUUUUCCUUAGAAAAUUAUAAAUGAAAAAUUAAACAGGAUUGUAAUUUAAAUAAAUAAAUAAUUCUUAAGGAACGAAAUGUAAAACUGAACAAUAAUUUAUAGACUCAAUAUUAAAAUGUAUUUGUACUAAUGUAGUGCUUAAUAUUACUGUCUAGAAUAAGUGUUAGCUACUUAAACAUGUACACAAUGAUAGAAUGAGAACAAGUUAGUUUACAUUUUAAUGUCUAUAAAUGUAAUGGUGUUGAUGGCAGUAUCCUAUAAUUGUAAUCUAGAUGACAUUGUUUUCUGUGAGCUUCGUAAUUAAUAAAUCAACCUUAGUUAUCUAUCAAUCUUAUACUUGGACCUACCGUAAACUAUUUAUUGCAUAUGAUAAUAUUGUUCAUGUUACAAUAAUUUAUAUUUUUUGUGCACAAUUUAUCUUACUCGGGAUGUAUCUAAUUAAUUUAUUAGCUGGUGUAGUGAUGAUUUUUACUCUGAACACCUAUA